UCGUCUUUUUAGGUCAUAUAAAACCUUCCACACGACUUUUCCAACCGUCUGAUGACUUCUACAAUAUUUCUUUCACAGCUUGUGAAUCCGGGUGAAGAUCUGAACAAUAUUAAUCCUACAGAGACAUAUGUGAGGGGUGAUGAGCAGAGUACAGAGGACAUUCCUACAGAUAACCGCCCAGAUGACUGUACCAGGAAUUUAGAGAAACAUCUGGUAUCUUCAGAUUUUGAAGUAGAUUAUGGUAUCACACAAGAUACAUUUGAAGAGCAUGCCAAUAUGCAAAAUAUACCGUCAUCCAAUCACAGCAACGCAUCAAUUGAUUCUUUUAAACAGGUCCGAUCUUUUGAUUCAUCACAGACUGUAACACAGAAUAAAAGUCACAGAGGAGGUGCUAAACAUAAAACCGCUCACGUAAAAGAGAAACCAUUUUCAUGUUCAGAAUGUGGAAAAUGUUUUAACCAUAAAUCAGCUCUUGUAAAACAUCAGAGAAUUCACACAGGAGAGAAGCCAUUUUCAUGUUUAGAAUGUGGGAAAUGUUUUAUCUGUAAAUCAAAGCUUGUUGUGCAUCAGAGAAUUCACACAGGAGAGAAGCCAUUUUCAUGUUCAGAAUGUGGAAAAUGUUUUAACCAAAAAUCAGAUCUUGUUAUACAUCAGAGAAUUCACACAGGAGAGAAGCCAUUUUCAUGUUCAGAAUGUGGAAAAUGUUUUAAACAUAAAUCAUAUCUUGUUAUACAUCAGAGAAUUCACACAGGAGAAAAACCAUUUUCAUGUUUAGAAUGUGGGAAAUGUUUUAACUGUAAAUCAUAUCUUGUUAUACAUCAGAGAAUUCACACAGGACAGAAACCAUUUUCAUGUUCAGAAUGUGGAAACUGUUUUAACCAUAAAUCACAGCUUGUUAUACAUCAGAGAAUUCACACAGGAGAGAAGCCAUUUUUAUGUUCAGAAUGUAGAAAAUGUUUUAACCGUAAAUCACAGCUUGUUAUACAUCAGAGAAUUCACACAGGGGAGAAUCCAGGCUAGAAUAGUGUCCAAAUGUCUCAAUCAAAGAUAUGGUUCUGGGAAGUGUGGUCUCUACUUUAGACAUAAAUAACACCAUGUCAUCAGCAUAUAAGCCGAUUCAAUCUUCUAGUUCUCCUAUGUUUAUACCCUUAAACUGCUCAUCUAUCCUAAUGCUUAUAGCUAAGGAUUUUAUGGCAAGUGCAAAGGGCAAUGGGGACAGAGGACAUCCCUGAAGCGUUUCUCUUCCUAAGUCAAAACUUUCAGACACCAGCCCGUUCACCAGUAUAUUAGCCCUAGGUUGCUUGUAAAUAUGGAAAUCAAGUUAAU